ACAGCUAGCUCGUGCGGUUCCGACCUCCGUCUGACAUGCGUGCGCCCAGAAGCCACGCUACAUGACCUGGAGCAACACUUUUUAAAAGGGGAGAAAGUUGAAGGGAAACUACCGUGUUAGUGCGGACUACCAUGGAAGAAGUCGGUAAAGCUUCCAAGACCAACCCGGCAGCGACGGCGGGCCUUUUGUCCAAGGUAUUUUUCUGGUGGCUCAAUCCUUUGUUCCGGACUGGAUCCAAACGCAGAUUAGAGGAGGAUGACAUGUUCCAGGUGCUCCCAGAGGACGGGUCGGAGAAACUGGGCCAGGACCUGAACAGAUACUGGGAUCAUGAGGUCCAGCUGGCUACCAAAGAACUACGAGCACCUAGACUCUCAAAAGCCAUCAUCAGGUGCUACUGGAAACCAUAUGCAGUGCUGGGACUCUUCACCCUCAUUGAGGAGGUCAUUAAAGUGAUCCAGCCGGUCGUCUUGGGGCAGAUGAUUCUGUACUUCGAAAAUUACGACCCAGACGACACCGUAGCUCUCCAUCAGACUCUGGGUUAUGCAGCGGGCUUGUCUAUAUGCACCAUCGCCCUGGCGCUGCUCCAUCACCUCUACUUCUACCAUGUCCAGAGAGCAGGCAUGAAGAUCAGAGUGGCAAUGUGUCACAUGAUCUACAAGAAGGCUCUGUGUCUCAGCAGUUCAGCCAUGGGAAAGACCACCACAGGCCAGAUUGUCAACCUUCUUUCCAAUGACGUCAACAAGUUUGAUGAGGUCACCAUCUUCCUGCACUUCCUGUGGGUGGGGCCCCUCCAGGCAGCGGUGGUCGUGGGGCUGCUGUGGUUGGAGAUCGGUCCGUCGUGCUUGGCAGGCAUGGUGGUCCUCAUGUUCCUGAUGCCUGUGCAAACCAUGUUUGGAAGGCUGUUCUCUAAGUUCAGGAGUAAGACGGCCGUUCUGACUGACAACAGGAUCCGCACAAUGAACGAGGUGGUGUCUGGAAUUAGGAUCAUCAAGAUGUACGCAUGGGAAAAACCCUUCGCUGCUCUGGUCUCUGAGGUCAGAAGCAAGGAGAUCUCCAAGAUCAUGAAGAGCUCCUACCUACGAGGGCUCAACAUGGCCUCCUUCUUCUGCGCCAGCAAGAUCAUCGUCUUCGUCACCUUCACCCUCUACGUCCUUCUGGGAAACACCAUCUCAGCCAGCCGUGUCUUUGUGACGGUGUCCUUGUACACAGCUGUGCGACUCACCGUCACGCUCUUCUUCCCGAGUGCCAUCGAGAAGCUGUUUGAGAGCCGCGUCAGCAUCCGCAGGAUUCAGGAUUUCUUGUUGCUGAAUGAGAUUGAAAAGAACAGCCCUGCACUGCCACAGGAUGAGAAGAAGGAAGCCUCAGUGGAGAUUCAGGACCUGAUCUGCUACUGGGACAAGAGUCUGGAUGCUCCGUCGCUGCAGAACAUCUCCUUCACUCUGAACUCAAAUCAGCUGCUGGCUGUAAUCGGACCGGUGGGAGCUGGAAAGUCGUCACUGUUGAGCUCCAUCCUGGGAGAGCUGCCUGAUGACAAGGGGGUGCUGAAGGUCAAAGGUCAGCUGACCUACGCUGCCCAGCAGCCCUGGGUGUUCCCUGGAACCAUACGCAGUAACAUCCUGUUUGGCAAAGUGCUGAACCCCCAGAAAUAUGACCGAGUCAUCAAAGCCUGCGCUCUAAAGAGGGACCUGGAGCUGCUCCCGGAUGGAGACCUGACACUGAUCGGGGACAGAGGGGCCACGCUCAGCGGGGGACAGAAAGCCCGUGUCAACCUGGCGAGGGCUGUGUAUCAGGAUGCAGACAUCUACCUGCUGGAUGACCCUUUGAGUGCUGUGGAUGCUGAGGUCGGGAGACACCUCUUUGAACAGUGCAUCUGUGGCCUCCUGAAGAACAAGCCUCGUAUCCUGGUCACCCACCAGCUGCAGUACCUGAAGGCGGCCGACCAGAUUCUGGUCCUCAAAGAGGGUCACAUGGUGGCAAAGGGGACGUACACAGAGCUGCAGCAGUCUGGAGUGGACUUCACCUCCCUGCUGAAGGAGGAGGAGGAGGAGCAGCAGCAGCCCCCCCAGGACACUCCCACCAGGAUCAGAACUCUGUCCCAGAACUCUACGAUGUCGCACACCUCCUCUGUGCACUCUGUCAAAGAUGGAGACCAGCUACCGGCAGAGCCGGUGCAGACCCUAGCAGAGGAGAGUCGUGCUGAAGGAACCAUUGGAGUGAGUCUGUAUGUGAAGUACCUGAGAGCUGGAGCCAGCAUAGUGGUUCUGCUAGUUGUCAUACUGAUCAACAUUCUGGCUCAGACCGCAUACAUCAUGCAGGACUGGUGGUUGGCUUACUGGGCUGAAGAGCAGGAGAAGCUGACUACCAACAACACCACCAUCCAAAACGGUCAAAACGUCACCAAAGAGCUGGAUUUAGACUUCUACCUGGGUGUUUACGGAGGUUUGACUUUGGUCACUAUCGUUUUUGGAUUUAUCAGGAAUUUGAUGCUGUUCAAAGUGCUGGUGAGGUGUGCACAGUCCCUGCACAACCGCAUGUUCAACUCCAUACUCAGAACGCCUGUGCGCUUCUUUGACAUCAACCCUAUUGGAAGAGUCCUGAACAGGUUUUCAAAGGACAUUGGCCAGCUGGAUUCUAACAUGCCGUGGACUUUUGUGGACUUCAUUCAGGUGUUCCUGCAGAUUCUCGGUGUGAUCGCUGUGUCGGUGUCAGUGAUCCCCUGGAUCCUCAUCCCCGUGGUCCCCCUCCUUCUCUUCUUCCUCUACCUGCGCCGCUACUUCCUGCAGACCUCCAGAGACGUCAAACGCCUCGAAUCCACCACUCGGAGUCCGGUCUUCUCCCACCUGUCCUCGUCUCUUCAGGGCCUGUGGACGAUCCGAGCCUUUAGAGCGGAGGAGAGGUUCCAGAAAGCCUUCGACGCCCAUCAGGACCUGCACUCAGGGGCCUGGUUCCUGUUCCUGACCACCUCUCGUUGGUUCGCUCUCCGCCUUGACGGCAUCUGCUCCAUCUUUGUUACUGUCACCACCUUUGGCUGCCUGCUGCUCAGAGACCAGCUGGACGCCGGCUCUGUUGGUUUGGCUCUGUCCUACUCUGUCACACUGAUGGGCAUGUUCCAGUGGGGCGUUCGGCAGAGUGCCGAGGUGGAGAACUUGAUGACAUCAGUAGAGAGGGUGGUGGAGUACACUCAGCUGCAGAGUGAAGCACCCUGGGAAACCCAGAAGCGUCCUCCUCCUGAUUGGCCCAGCAAAGGCCUGGUGACCUUUGACCGGGUCAGCUUCUCCUACAGCGAUGACGGGCCGCUGGUGCUGCAGAGCCUGAAAGCUAUGUUCCGACCCAAAGAGAAGGUGGGGAUCGUGGGAAGGACCGGUGCUGGGAAAAGCUCCCUGGUCUCAGCUCUGUUCCGCCUGGCGGAGCCUCAGGGGAAGAUCUACAUCGAUGGUGUUUUGACCUCUGACAUCGGCCUCCAUGACCUGCGCCAGAAGAUGUCCAUCAUCCCUCAGGACCCAGUGCUGUUUACAGGCUCCAUGAGGAAGAACCUGGACCCUUUUAGCCAACACACAGAUGAAGAGCUGUGGAAUGCUCUGCAAGAGGUGCAGCUGAAGUCUGUGGUGGAGGAGCUGCCUGCUAAGCUGGAGACGGUUCUGGCCGAGUCGGGCUCCAACUUCAGCGUGGGCCAGAGACAGCUGGUGUGUCUGGCCAGAGCCAUCCUGAGGAAGAACCGCAUCCUCAUCAUCGAUGAGGCCACUGCCAACGUGGACCCCAGGACAGAUGAACUGAUCCAGAAAACCAUACGGGACAAGUUCAGAGAAUGCACCGUGCUAACCAUCGCUCAUCGCCUCAACACCAUCAUAGACAGCGACAGGAUACUGGUUCUAGAUGCAGGGAAAAUUCAUGCCUACGAUGAGCCUUACACCCUGCUUCGAGAUCGAGAAGGCAUCUUUUAUCAAAUGGUGCAGCAGACUGGCAAACAAGAGGCAGCAGCUCUACUAGAGCUGGCAAAACAGGCUUACAACGACAGAGACCAUCCCAACAUUUCAAACGGACAUGCAGAAACCGCAGACGGCAACUUGGUUAUCUUUGAGACAGCUCUGUGAGCUGGAGGUUGUGACUCGCCGCCUUGCCUAAAGACUUGAAAGUGUCUGGGCUUGUACUGCCCCCCCCCAGCAUGUGGUGAAAGCACACAGCACCUGGACAACAAGCUGGUGAGGAGACAGGAUCUGCAGAGGCACCGGCCUCAGCACAGCCUGUCCAACGAUAUGCUGUUGUUUCCUUCAAGCUGAGAUAGCUUGGAAAUCACUAUUUAUUUUCUGUGCUUAAUAUUUAUCAAAUUGCUGCUCAGUAUACUGAUGCCUUGGAGACAUUACAUUUAAAUGCUUGCAUAAUCCUUAAACCUGUAAGUGCCUUAUUUCAGGUUUGCACAGGUGUUAAUUUAACAAAUGAUAGACAAUCUGUAUCCAAAGUUGCCUUUAUGUGUGUGUGUAUAUACAGGUGGCACUGCACUAGUCAUUACCAAAUCUACACUUUCCUGCGAGCUCAGUAAAAAUGUGUUUUGUAUGUUGAUUGAUAAACAUGUUUGUCACCUUUAGAAAAUUAUUUUGUUCUAUUCACUCCAUUGACUUUCACGUUUACAGGGAAGAAGCUCAAGUGGCAGUCUGCUACAGCUGACAUGGAGUCUGUCGAGUUAUUGUUCCAAUUAAGACACUUUAAUGUUUCAACUGCCAAUUUGUACAUUUUUGGUUUGUCAAAUGCUGCAUAAACACCUACAGAUCUGACUGUGGUGAUGUCCUUUGGAUCAAAAUCUAAACUAUACACAGAAAUAAAGGGUUUUACCGUA